GCCUCUUCAGCAAUAGAGUUACUCUUGUUAAUGGUGUUAUGCAACCCAUUGCUAGGCAGCUGCAACAGUUGGACUACAGCAAUGGAAAUGGGAGUGUUUUCUGGGGUUUUCCAUGCCAAGGAGUUUUCUGGAAGACAAAUGGAGCAACUGAGUGUGUUAUCAGUUGAAUGUCAGGCUGUGAAAACUAGGAGGUUGGUGUGAAAUGGCCGCCAGCCUGGGAGUGCAGACAUACGUUGGAGAUAUUGCAGGUUCAGUUCCAGAUCACCACAAUAAAGCGAGUAUCACAACAAAGUUGGAUUAAUAUUAUUACAAGGACUAAAGCAUUAUUACACUUGUUACAACGGAUGUGAGGGUAUAAUGCCUAAGGUUAAAGCUGAGAAGAAAUCGCGGCAGCAUGCAGCUGUUGUUAAACAAGGAAUCCUUUUCAACAAGGACUUUGGUCAACAUAUUUUGAAGAAUCCACUCAUAAUUCAGAGUAUGGUGGAUAAAGCUGCUCUACGACCAACUGAUGUUGCUUUAGAAAUUGGUCCUGGUACUGGAAACAUGACCAUUAAGUUGCUUGAGAAAACAAAGAAAGUUGUGGCUUGUGAAAUUGACCCUAGGUUCGUUGCAGAAUUACAGAAACGUGUUCAAGGCACACCAUACCAGUCCAAUUUACAGAUUAUGAUUGGUGAUGUAUUGAAAACAGAAUUACCUUUCUUUGAUGUGUGUGUUGCUAAUAUACCGUACCAGAUCUCUUCCCCAUUGGUAUUCAAGUUGCUUCUGCAUAGGCCUUUCUUCAGAUGUGCAGUUAUCAUGUUUCAAAGGGAGUUUGCCUAUAGGCUCGUUGCCAAGCCAGGUGACAAGCUGUACUGUAGACUGUCUGUUAACACCCAGCUACUUGCCAGAGUGGAUAUACUUAUGAAGGUUGGCAAGAAUAAUUUCCGGCCACCACCAAAAGUGGAAUCUAGUGUUGUGCGAUUGGAACCACGAAACCCACCACCACCAAUUAAUUUCACCGAGUGGGAUGGUCUCACUAGGAUAGCUUUUGUGCGGAAGAACAGGACACUUAGUGCAGCAUUCAAACAGUCAGCUGUUAUUGCUGCACUGGAGAAGAAUUACCGGAUUCACUGCUCCCUCAGCAACAUUGAUAUACCAGACAGCUUUGACAUGAAACAGAAAAUUGAAAACAUUUUACAGAAUAGUAAUUCAGAAUUGAAGCGAGCCAGGACUAUGGACAUUGAUGACUUUAUGAUGCUGCUUCAUACUUUCAAUGUGGAAGGAAUACAUUUUUCCUCAUGAUGUGGGAUGUGGCGUGGUAUCAAGUGUACGCAGUUAUGCCAUGAAAGAUAUACUACAAACAUUUGUAAAAGAUGUUGAAUUCAGGCACUUCAAACGGGUUUUCCAAUUUUAUAUCAUUGUCACAAUCAAAUGAUUUAAU